CACCAUCACCAGCCAGUCAGAGACGCUCUCCAGGUCAUUCCGCAGUGGGGCCGGCCUGCAAAUGACGAAGUUCUCUUAAGGUUCUUUAUUCUCCUGCUGCUCUUUAUUGACGCUUGAACUGAUUUGGGGUAGACAGAGCCCGCUGCUCCCUUCCGGUCCGACACCAACCCCCCCACGCGGCCGGUUCCAGCGCUUCCUCCACAGUCAACGGUCGCGAUCCGACUCCGUUCUCUCCUCUCUUUUUUGGCCUCUCUCCCUCUCUUUUCCCCGUGGCACAGCGCCCAACCCGGCUUCUGGUGCUUCCUUUUCUGACUUCGUUCUGUGUUCUUCAUCUAUGGACGAAAUCACAUCUGCUCCUGAUCAACGCCAUGGCGGCUCCGGCGAAUCAUCAAUUGAGGGUGCUCGAUACCAUCUCCAACUCCAACCCGAGACCGACGACCAGAUAACCUCUCAGCUCACCAACGACGACAACGCCUCCCUCGACUUCGGCGACGAUGAACCUAUUCAGGGGAACAAUUUUGCCUUUACUCCUACGCAGCUUCACAAACUCGUGACUGCAAGGAGUCUUCCCGCGCUUCGCGCCUUUGGCGGAUUGUUGGGCUUGGCUGCAGGUCUGCGCACCGACAUAUCAUCCGGUCUCAGUGCCGACGAGACGACCCUCGAUGGCACCGUUACCUUUGACGAGGCUGUGGCCUCUGGCCGCCUAGAACGACCUCCUGUUCUCUCAGCAGCCUCGCCUCCCCCGCCGUCGCCGCUACUCCCCAAUGGCCUUUUCGAACAUCGCGAUAAUCACUAUGCCGACCGAAAACGAGUGUUUGGUGUUAAUCGUCUUCCCCAAAUAGCCCAGAAAUCUUUCUUGAGGCUACUUUGGAUAGCGUUCAACGACAAACUGAUCAUCUUGCUCACCAUCUCGGCUUCCAUAUCGCUCGCCAUCGGCAUCUACCAGUCGGUCGACAAGUCAAUUGAUGCUUCGCGCGUUGAAUGGGUGGAUGGUGUCACCAUCGUUGUUGCUAUCCUCGUCAUCAUAAUCGCUAGCGCUGCUACCGACUGGCAAAAGAACCAUAAGUUCAAAAAGGUCAAUGAACGCAAGCAGCAAAGAGAUGUUACGGUUAUGCGUUCGGGCAGGCUGAAGCGCAUAUCUGUGUAUGAUGUCGUCGUCGGUGAUAUCAUGCAUCUCGAAGCUGGUGACGUGGUGGCCGUGGAUGGUGUUCUUGUUCAAGCCUCGAGCCUUCAGAUGAACGAAUCCGCCAUAUCUGGAGAGUCAGACCUUGUUCACAAAUCUGUCCCGAACCACUAUGAUCCAUUCCACACAGUCCAGGCCGACCCAUUCAUCCUGAGCGGAACUACUGUUGCCAGUGGAGUAGGCCAUUAUCUUGUCACAGCUGUCGGUGUCAACUCUACCUACGGCCGCGUUCUCAUGUCUCUGAGAGACGAUGUCCAGGAGACGCCACUACAGGCCAAGCUCGGCCGCCUUGGUAAACAGCUCAUCGUCAUCGGCGCUAUUGCUGGAUCCCUUUUCUUCCUGAUCUUGUUCAUCCGCUUCAUGAUCAGGCUGAAGGACCUGACAGGGGGCCCCUCCGACAAGGCCGAGGAUUUCUUGCAUGUGCUAAUCCUGUCUAUCACGGUCGUUGUUAUCACUGUUCCUGAGGGUCUGGCUUUGAAUGUCACGAUCGCGCUAGCCUUUGCAGCAAAGCGUAUGCUUAGAGACAACAAUCUGGUGCGGCUGAUCCGAUCAUGCGAGAUCAUGGGCAAUGCAACCUGUGUUUGCUCCGACAAGACAGGCACUCUCACCCAGAACAAGAUGACUGUUGUUGUUGGACGCAUCGGCCUCGAGUCCUACUUUGACGAUACCGACCUUGGCGCCCCUGACCCCGAUACGUCCAUGUCCCGCGCCUCGACCAUCAAGUGUGACAGCUCGGUGGAUCUUGCAAAGUCAUUGUCACCAGAAUCGAAGAGGUUGAUCAAGGACAGUAUCGCGCUGAACUCGACAGCAUUUGAGAACGACGACUCUGGCUCCAUGGCCUUUGUGGGCUCAAGCACUGAGACAGCUCUACUGCAAUUUAGCCGUGAACACUUGGGUAUGGAUUGCUUGGCUGAGGAGAGAGCCAACAGCCCAAUCAUCGCCAUUCUUCCCUUUGACUCGUCUCGGAAAUGGAUGGCAGUUCUCAUCAAGCUCCCCAAUGGUCGAUAUCGACUAUUGGUCAAGGGUGCCGCAGAGGUUGUCUUGGAGUAUAGUGCCUUCAUUGUGUCGGAUCCCACCUUCAGAACACCCAUUGUCCGCAUGUCAGAGACAGAUCGUGAAAGCCUUCGCAACACCAUCCAGGACUACGCUUGCAGAAUGCUGCGACCGGUGGCCUUGGCCUAUCGGGAUUUCAGCGAAGAGGACAUCUUCGAGGGCCCCGAGGAUGAUCCGGACGCCAUCAACCUCGAAUGGCUAGCCUCUGGACUGAUCUGUAUUGGCGUGUUUGGAAUUCGCGAUCCCCUUCGCCCCGAGGUUGUUGAGUCUGUUCGACAGUGCCAAGCUGCUGGAGUCUUUGUUCGCAUGGUCACGGGAGAUAACUUCUUGACGGCCAAGGCGAUAGCGGCCGAGUGCGGCAUCUACACGGCUGGUGGUAUUGCUAUGGACGGACCUACGUUUCGAGAUCUGUCUCCAGAGCAGCUGGACGCCGUCAUCCCACGGCUACAAGUUCUUGCUCGAUCGAGCCCCGAGGAUAAGCUGCUUCUCGUAUCUCAUCUGAAGCGCAUGAACGAGACGGUUGCGGUGACAGGUGACGGUACUAACGAUGCCCUGGCUCUCAAGGCUGCGGAUGUUGGAUUUGCAAUGGGCAUCCAAGGCACAGAAGUGGCCAAGGAAGCGGCUUCGAUUAUCCUGCUCGACGACAACUUUGCGUCAAUUGUCAAGGCUCUGGCCUGGGGAAGAACAGUCAACGAUGCGGUCAAGAAGUUCUGCCAGUUCCAAUUCACUAUCAACAUCACUGCAGGCAUCAUCACGGUUGUUUCCGAGCUCGUUGGUGAUGCCAUCUUUACUGUGGUUCAGCUGCUCUGGAUCAACCUCAUCAUGGAUAUCUUCGCCUCGCUUGGUUAUGCCACCGACCAUCCGUCACCGGAUUUCUUGAAGCGGAAGCCCGAGCCUCGCAACGCCCCUAUUGUCAGCAUCACCAUGUGGAAGAUGAUCCUGGGCCAAGCCAUGUACCAGCUGGCAGUCGUCUUCACUGUGCAUUACGCCGGAUGGGACUUGUUCAACCCCGACACCGAGUUUGAGAUCGAGAAGCUUCAGACUCUGGUGCUCAACAUCUAUGUGUGGAUGCAGUUCUUCAACCAGCACAACUGCCGCCGGGUAGACAACAAACUCGAUAUCUAUUACCAGGGGAUCCUGCGCAAUCCAUGGUUCAUUGGAGUGCAACUCAUCACGGUGGCGGGUCAGUUCGUCAUCAUUUUUAAGGGUGGUGAAGCGUUCGACACCAGUCCGCUUACAGGUGCCCAAUGGGGAUGGAGCUUGCUGUUUGGUAUCAUGUCGAUUCCAUUGGGUGCGUUGAUUCGCCAAAUCCCGGAUAGCAUCGUUCAAGAUCUAUUCACCAUGAUCUCGCACGCGUGGUACGCCGUCUGGAGACCACUUCGUGCGUUCCUCUCGAAGAUGUUUUGCUGUGGCAGGCGCAAGAAGACAGAUGAAGAGCAACAGCAACAGCAACAAGGGCCCCAAGAGAUGGGACACGUGGAAAACAUUCUCCACAGGAUGCACUUGACGCCUGGACCCGAAGAGGAUGAGACCCCUAUGACGGCGGAGCAGAGGGAGGCACUAGAGAGCUCAGACAGGAGGAGAAAAGCCCAGGAGACGGAAAAGCAGCCCAGAGAGAUAGACCUGCUUGGUCUUGUGGAGGCAGCCAAGUUGGGACGAGAAUAUGCUGGUGCAACUCUGGAGCUUCACCCAAAGACACUCAAGGACGACCCCAUUUUGAGAACGAGCGAUGGUACGACGAUACCACCAAGCCAAGAUGCCCGGUUUAUGAGAUUUGUGGCAUUGAACAAGGCUCGGCGGCCGCAACCUUCGAGAAGGCAAUCGCUUCGAGGACCACGACGAGAAGCGCAACAACAACCUCGCCAACAGCAGCAGCAACAGCAACAGCAGCAGUCGUGGAGGAGGCAUUUUACAUGGGAAGCACUGUUGAGAUCUAAGAGAAGAUGA